UCCCAGUUUGGUGUGUGCGUGAACCCCGGUCUACACAAAAGAUAGGAUGUUUAGCGAGUUAAGUUUCUAAAGUGGAAAGGAAGAGGAAUUAAGGAAUUACUUAUCAAUCAUUGCUGCGUCAAAGAUUAUGGUUGCAAUGGAUGAGAAUGACUCUGUAUGGCCACUCGCCCCACUCACGUUUGUAAACAUGACCAGCUCUCUGAGUCAGAAAUGUAUAGUCAUUGACUGUCGUUCGUUCUUAUCAUUUAACGCCGCCCACAUCAAAGGAUCGCUUAACGUUCACUGCCCUCCUAUCUUAAGAAGAAGACUGCAUCGUGGAUCAUCAACGUUAGAUUGUCUACUCAAAUCUCCUGAAUUGAAACGAAAGGUUGCGGAUGCAGAAACUUUAUUUUUGUACGGGGAAGGAACUCAGGAUUGGAAUGACUUGGAAAAGGACAAUACGAUGAAGAUACUCUAUAUGCUUUUGAGGAGAGAAAGAGUAGACAAAACUUUAUAUUUCAUUAAAGGAGGAUUUGAAAAAUUCGCGUCGUCGUUCCCUUCUAUGUGCUACUUUGCAAAUCCUCAUACAGCGUCACAGGCAUGCUCCAGUCCUCUCGGUUUAAGGCUCAAAGCAAAAGAUUCUAAAAGAUUCAGCCCGAGAAACGAGAUUGAUCCUGUCAGGGAUUAUGCCGAAUCACGCCCAAAUAUGUCAGCCAAGCCAAAUGAACCUGUUGAAAUCUUACCGCAUCUGUAUCUUGGAAGUGAAUUCCACUCGUCUCAGAAAGAGCUCCUACAACGCCUGGGUAUCACUGCCAUAGUCAAUGUAUCAAGAAAUAUUCCGAACUUUUUCGAGGAUGCAUACGACUACAAGUCCAUUCCGGUUGACGACACUUACACUGCAGAUAUCGGCCGAUGGUUUGAGGAGGCGGCGAUGUUUAUAGAUUCAGUGAAGAAAUCGAAAGGACGGGUACUAGUACAUUGCCAAGCUGGGAUCUCAAGAUCAGCCACCAUUUGCCUCGCAUAUCUUAUAAGUAGACAUCAACUCAGGUUGGACGAAGCUUACGAGUACGUUAAGAAGCGCCGUUCAGUUAUAUCACCAAACUUUAACUUCAUGGGGCAACUCCUUAAUUGGGAAUCGGAGACUCAGCUGACAAAUAGAGCAACGAGUACACAUACACCGACCACCCCGUUUGGGUUUUUCAGUUUUUCACCGUUGCCAUGUGGAUCCGAAAUGACGACCUCUGGUAACAAACAGAAUUCACCCGGGCUCGUUACUUCCCCUAUGUAGCUCACAAAUACCAGAGGCAAGAAACAAAAAAUUAACGACUCUUUAGUACAACUAAAGCUGAUUUUAGAGAGUAGCGGAGUAAAUCCAAUGUAUAUCUACCAUUACAGCUGAAAAAAAAAAAAAAAACAGUUAUGCUCUUUUCUCACAAGACACGUCGUUUACCCUCUAGUCUGGUUAUUUAUGGUUUACACAAUAAUUCAUUUUAUGAAUUGCAUGUGGUAAAAUCAUUGUCACUGUACGCUUUGAAAAUGGUCGGAAUAAGUAAAGACUAUGACAAAAUUGAAGUGGAGACUAUAAUAUUUAACAAAAUUCUCUUCCACUUCGAUGAGGAAUAUUUUUGUAAUUUAUGCAAUAAUAAAAAAAUUAUCACUUUCGUAUUACCCAAGUAGUUGAUAAAAUAAAAUAGGCUUGUACUUUACGGUGGCAAGACUAAAAGUAAGCCGAAUUACGUUUUGUGAAAACUUGACUCAAAGAAGAAAAGUUUGAAAGAUAUGUACGAUAUAUUUAUUGAUAAAUUUCAAAAUAUUGAGAAUGUAAAUUUGAAAAGAUGUUAGUCAUAAUAUAUUAUAAUGUACUUGACCAGACCCAGAUGAAUGGCGCCCAAAUAUGUUUCAAUAAAUUAUGAGGAAAAUCGUAA